AUGGUGAAAGACUGUUCACAGCAGAAGAUAACUUGUAACAACUGUGAAAAGCUGGGGUACACUGUUAAUGUGUGCUGGGCCGCUAGGAAGAGCGGCAAUGCAAGUACAGCUCAGCGACCUGAAUCAAGAGGAAGUGCAGGGCCGAGUACGGGGCAAAAGCCGAGUAUUCCUGGGAGAGUCUUUGCUAUGACUGGGGCAGAGGCUUCACAAUCUGAGAAGCUGAUCCGAGGUAAAUGUAUAAUUAAAGGCAGACUGCUUGAUGUGUUGUUUGACUCGAGUGCUACGCACUCUUUUGUGUCUGUGGAUUGUGUGAAGAGUCUGGAUCUGUAUGUGGCCAAACUGCCAUGUAAUGUUGUGCUAACUACCCCUACGAGUAAGCCGGUUGUAACGUCAUGA